ACAAAGAAAAAUUUGCAAAACCUUCUCUCUCAAAAAAUCUGACACUUUCUCUCUCAUACUGUCUCUAAAGUCUUUCUUUAAUUACUUGUUCCCAUGGUAUAAAAAAGACAGCCAAAAAUAAUGGCGGUUGUGCUUUGAUUGAUUGGGGCAGAGCUGAGAGAGAAAAGAGAGAGAGGUAAAGCAAUAGUGGCAAAGCCAGCAAGCACUAGUAGUGUACUAGAACAAUCACCACCACCGCAUACCAGACCGAGAAACCUUGUGUUUCCAUCCAUUACUGGAAAACUGGAAACCAAACCCAACUUUCGGAUUCUAUUAUAUGCAUAUAUUCUUUCUUGAAGAGUAUCUGUUUCUGUUAUCUGGUAGGCUGUUUAUGCAGAGUGAUCAUCACGUAGCUUUCAAUUUGCUCUCAGAAUAAUGCAUAGGCUGUGUGCUUGUGUCUUACUUUCUUUUGGGUUCCUUAUGGUCUGAGAUCUGGUCCUUUCUGGUUUUCAUUGGUGGCACAAGCUUUGGUGUUCUGAGGCUGAGAUCUGGUGCUUCUGUUAGCACUAUUGGGUCUUUAGGCUCGUGGUUUUUGUUGGGUUGUUGCUGUAAAUGCUUGGUUUUUGAGAUUGAGCUAUCUAGGGAGUGUAAAGCUUUGACUAUGAAGCUUUGUGCUAGAGGUGGGAGUAAGUGAGUCUCAAAUGUUGAGGUUGGUUUGUUAAAAGAUUGUGGCAUGAAGACUUUAAUUAAAGAUUGGACAUUUUGGGGGGUGUGGUUGAGGUUGACCAAGUGCGAAUGAGGCUGAAAUUGAUUGUGUUUUGUAGUGAAACCGGUUUCGGUUGAAGUUACAGAAGUGGGGGUAUUGAGGGUUCUUAUGGUUAUCUUUGCAUGAAUAUGAAGCUUCAUGCUUUAGUAGUUUCCUGACAAAUUUGUGCAUGAAGUUUGUUUCUUUUGGGGGUUUGAAGGGAUUUUGGCUGGUGAAGAUAUGAUUUUGUGCAGUAAAAAGAAGGGAGCUGAAGAAAACGACUGUCCAGCACUUUGGGUGAAUUUUGGUGUUAAAUUAUUGUGAUUGAGAGUGGGCUUGAAUCGUUAUUUGUGCGCUCAAAUUUGAGGCUUUCGACGUUUUUGAAUCUCUGCAUAGAUGAGGCUCUCAUCUGCUGGUUUUAGUCCUCAAUCCCAGGAAGGGGAGAAGAGAGUUUUGAAUUCUGAACUUUGGCAUGCUUGUGCGGGUCCUCUUGUUUCUUUACCGGCUGUUGGGAGCCGUGUAGUUUAUUUUCCCCAAGGUCACAGUGAACAGGUUGCUGCAUCAACCAACAAGGAAGUGGAUGCCCAUAUCCCCAACUACCCAAGCUUACCUCCACAACUUAUCUGUCAACUCCACAAUGUGACAAUGCAUGCCGAUGUUGAAACUGAUGAAGUAUAUGCACAGAUGACCUUGCAACCGCUAAGUCUGCAAGAGCAAAAGGAUGGGUACCUCCCAGCAGGGUUGGGCAACCCAAACAAACAGCCAACAAAUUAUUUUUGUAAAACCUUGACAGCCAGUGACACAAGUACCCAUGGUGGUUUCUCUGUUCCUCGUCGGGCAGCUGAAAAAGUUUUUCCUCCUUUGGAUUUCGCCCAACAACCGCCAGCGCAAGAGUUAAUUGCGAGGGAUCUUCAUGAUAAUGAAUGGAAGUUUAGACACAUUUUUCGUGGCCAGCCCAAAAGGCACCUCCUUACAACAGGGUGGAGUGUGUUUGUGAGUGCUAAAAGACUUGUUGCUGGAGAUUCAGUUCUUUUCAUCUGGAAUGAAAAGAAUCAACUACUCCUUGGUAUCCGGAGAGCUAACCGACCACAAACUGUGAUGCCUUCAUCAGUUUUAUCAAGUGACAGCAUGCACUUGGGACUUCUUGCUGCCGCAGCUCAUGCAGCUGCAACAAAUAGUCGUUUCACCAUAUUUUAUAAUCCAAGGGCUAGCCCAUCAGAGUUCGUUAUUCCCCUGACCAAGUACAUCAAAGCAGUCUAUCAUACUUGCAUUUCUGUUGGGAUGCGUUUUCGAAUGUUGUUCGAAACAGAAGAAUCAAGUGUCCGCCGCUACAUGGGAACAAUAACUGGCAUAAGUGACCUAGAUCCUCGGUGGCCUAAUUCACAUUGGCGCUCAGUCAAGGUGGGUUGGGAUGAAUCCACGGCUGGGGAGAGGCAGCCAAGAGUUUCACUGUGGGAGAUUGAGCCAUUAACAACAUUCCCCAUGUAUCCAUCUCCGUUCCCCCUUAGGCUUAAGCGACCAUGGCCUCCUGGACUACCCUCUUUCCAUGGUAUCAGGGAUGAUGAUCUUGGCAUGAAUUCUCAACUUAUGUGGCUUCGAGGAGAUAAUGGGGACCGCGGAAUCCAAUCUCUGAACUUUCCUGGCAUUGGGGUCACACCAUAUAUGCAGCCAAGGCUUGAUGCCUCCAUGAUUGGCUUGCAAACAGACAUGUACCAAGCUAUGGCUGCUGCUGCACUUCAAGAGAUGAGGGCAGUGGAUCCUUCCAGACCGCUUCCUACAUCCCUUCUGCAGUUCCAGCAAACCCAAAACCUACCUAGCAGGUCUACUGCCUUGAUGCAUCCCCAUAUGGUGCAAGAAUCUCAAUCUCAACAAGCCUUUCUCCAAAGUGUUCAGGAAAACCAUCGUCAGUCACAGCCCCAGACUCAAACUCAGUCACACCUUCUUCAGCAGCAACUGCAGCAUCAGAAUUCUUUCAGUAACCAACAGCAGCUAGUUGAUCAUCAGCAGAUUCCAAGUGCUGUCUCUGCCAUGACUCAGUUUUCUUCUGCCUCUCAAUCCCAGUCACCGUCUUUGCAAGUCGCCACCUCACUAUGCCAGCAACAGAGUUUUUCUGAUUCUAAUGGGAACCCUGCAACCAGCACCAUUUUAUCUCCCUUGCACAGUCUCAUGGGUUCAUUUCCACAGGAUGAACCAUCCCACCUUCUCAACCUGCCUAGAACCAAUCAAUUAAUAUCAUCUGGCGCAUGGCCAUCUAAGCGGGCUGCAAUUGAACCUCUUCUUUCUUCUGGAGUUUCUCAAUGUGUUCUGCCCCAUGUGGAACAGUUGGGACCUCCCCAGACUACUAUAUCUCAGAAUUCUAUUUCGUUGCCGCCGUUUCCUGGGAGAGAGUGCUCAAUAGACCAAGAAGGGAGCACUGAUCCUCAAAGCCAUCUUUUAUUUGGUGUCAAUAUAGAGUCCUCAUCUCUUCUAAUGCAGAAUGGGAUGUCAAACCUUAGAGGAGUUGGCAGCGAUAGUGACUCUACAACCAUGCAUUUUCCUCCAAAUUACUUGAGUACUACAGGCACUGAUUUUUCACUUAAUCCAGCAGUUACGCCUUCCAGUUGCAUUGAUGAAUCAGGUUUCCUGCAGUCUCCAGAAAAUGUGGGCCAUGGAAACCCACUGAACAAUAAUUUUGUUAAGGUUUACAAGUCAGGGUCUUUCGGGAGGUCACUGGAUAUUACCAAGUUCAGCAGCUACCAUGAGCUGCGCGGUGAGCUUGCUCAUAUGUUUGGCCUUGAAGGCGAGUUGGAGGACCCUGUGAGAUCAGGCUGGCAGCUUGUAUUUGUUGACCGGGAGAAUGAUGUUCUUCUCCUCGGGGAUGACCCCUGGCCGGAGUUUGUAAAUAGUGUGUGGUGUAUCAAAAUACUCUCACCACAUGAAGUGCAGCAAAUGGGAAAACGAGGCCUAGACCUUCUAAAGUCAGUCCCAACUCAGAGGCUCUCAAACAAUAGCUGUGACGACUAUGGAAGCCGGCAGGACUCAAGAAAUUUGAGUGGGAUAACAUCCGUGGGGUCACUCGAGUAUUGAACUUCUUAACCGGUUAAUAUACCGUUCUCUCUUAUGUAAUAUUUGCAUCUCCUCCAACCCUUUUUA